UCUGGUCUAAUUUUGCCAGUCCCAUUGAUUAACAGUGUUUGCCUGAAGGUCCAGCACUUUCAAAGACACCAUGAAAUUCUGCAUUGAUUUGCCAGAUUCACAGACUUUCUUCACAACCCACUUGCAUUUUGAUGGCUUUAUAGUGUUGAGUGGGAAAGCUAGCGUGGAGACCAAUAAGGAAUCAUCUUUUUCCUAAAAAAUUUUUUGUUGGUACAGCUUUUGCUACCCCACAGCAAGCACUUAAAUGUAGGAACUCCGGCAGUGUACUGGGAUGGUUAGGACAGCCUGAGUCAUGAUGACCUCUUUUUGCAGUUGAAGAAACGGGCCCGGCGAGAUUUCAUGACAUGCCUAGGGAACACAUGUACCCAGGUAGGAACAGCUUCUGUAGGCAGUCAGGGGUUACAGGCAGGUUUGGGUCAAAUACCUGAAACCAACCCCAGGACAAGGAGGUUGCUGGUGUUUUAUUAACACCUCCUGUGAGCCCAGGACUCUGCUCAGCACUUUACCCACCCAGUAACACUGCAUGAGAUUGUGGCCGAAGAAACAGAUGCAGAGAGGUGAAGUAUUUUCCUGAGAUCACUUGGCUAGGAGGUGAGAGACCAGGGAUCCCCACCUGGUCUGUCCAAUUUGAAAGCCCAUCAGACUACUGCUGUUUGAUGAUACUUUUCCAUGAGGUGAAACGUGUUUGGAGGGAGAUCCCCCCUGUUUUUGACCACUUUGCCUCAGCCAUGGUUUUCCAAGUUUUAGUUAUUAAUGUAUCACCUGCAUAAUUUUUCUGUAUCUGUGUAUCACCUGUGUAGUGAUUCCCUUAAUUACUUUUCCUUUAAAUCCACUCACCUUUUUUUUGUUUGUUUGUUUUUGUUUUUGUUUAUGAGAGAGGGUCUUGCUCUGUCACCCAAGCUGGACUACAGACUGCAGCGGCACAUUCUCGGCUCACUGCAACGCCCGCCUUUUGGACUCAGCUGGAUUCUCUUCCCCGGCCAAGUGUCUGAGACCUUCUCGCAGGGUGAUGCAAAACUGCUGGCUACCAGCUUGAGCCUGUCUGCAGUAUCUCCUCUGGAACCUGCCAUGCUGAGGACCCGUUCUCACCUCUGAGGGGCUCCUGUCCUAGGACUAAGGUGGAGCCUGGGCCAUGGUGCAGCUGGCUCCUGCUGCAGCCAUGGACGAGGUCACCUUUAGAAGCGACACUGUGCUGUCAGACGUCCACCUCUACACCCCGAACCAUAGACACCUCAUGGUACGACUGAACAGCGUGGGGCAGCCAGUUUUCCUGUCCCAAUUCAAGCUUCUAUGGAGCCAAGACUCUUGGACAGAUUCAGGGGCCAAGGGUGGCGAUCACGGACAUGUUCACACCAAGGAGCCUCCUUCUGCCGAGACAGGCAGCACAGGGUCCCCUACAGGAAGUGGCCACAGUAAUAAGGGUUUCUCCCUUCAGGCCGGGGCUGACACCACCGGCUGGGAAGUGGCUGAAGCUCAGCUGGAUGAGGAUGGAGAUUUGGACGUGGUGAGAAGACCACGAGCCGCCUCUGAUCCCAACCCAGCAGGGCCUCCGAGAGACAAGGUACAUCCCAUGAUUCUAGCGCAGGAAGAAGACGACGUCCUGGGAGAGGAAGCACAAGGCAGCCCCCACGAUAUCAUCAGAAUAGAGCACACCAUGGCCACGCCCCUGGAAGAUGUUGGCAAGCAGGUAUGGCGGGGCGCCCUGCUCCUGGCGGACUACAUCCUGUUCCGACAGGACCUCUUCCGAGGAUGCACGGCGCUGGAGCUCGGGGCCGGCACAGGGCUUGCUAGCAUCAUCGCAGCCACUGUGGCACAGACCGUUUAUUGUACAGAUGUCGGUGCAGAUCUCUUGGCCAUGUGCCAGCGAAACAUUGCCCUCAACAGCCACCUGGCUGCCGCUGGAGGUGGUGUAGUUAAGGUCAAAGAACUGGACUGGCUGAAGGACGACCUCUGCACAGAUCCCGAGGUCCCCUUCAGUUGGUCACAAGAGGAAAUUUCUGACUUAUACGAUCACACCACCAUCCUGUUUGCAGCCGAAGUGUUUUACGACGACGACUUGACGGAUGCUGUGUUUAAAACCCUCUCCCGACUCGCCCACAGAUUGAAAAAUGCCUGCACGGCCAUUCUGUCAGUGGAGAAGAGGCUCAACUUCACACUGAGACACUUGGACGUCACAUGUGAAGCCUACGAUCACUUCCGCUCCUGCCUGCGUGCGCUGGAGCAGCUCGCAGAUGGCAAGCUGCGCUUCGUGGUGGAGCCCGUGGAGGCCUCCUUCCCGCAGCUCCUGGUUUACGAGCGCAUCCAGCAGCUGGAGCUCUGGAAGAUCAUCGCAGAACCGGUAACAUGACCCAUCGCCUCCACAGGGCGCGGCGCCUCGACUGUUCUUAGAGUAUAUUUCUAAUAAAAUCAGAAGCUCACCAAAGCAA